AUGUUUCGUUUGUUAGUUCCUUUCCGGUGCAAAUCACAAAAUGUACCGAAAGAAUUAAACUUACUUCAAAAACUAAGAUAUCCUUUAUAUCUUAGUUUAUCUUCUGGAAUUUUAUAUCAUAGUUUUAAGUCUCCAGAUAAGCAUACUUGUCCAACUUUAUUUGAAAAUAAAGACAAACAAAAAGAGAUCACUCAUCCUACUUUGGCAGAUUUGAUCCUUUUAUUCAGUGAUCAAGAUAAUCAGUCAUUUAAUAAAUUACCUAAUGAAGCGAAAAUGAAUCGGCUAUUGAAAAUUAAUCAAGAUAUUGAAGAUGAGCUACCACUGUUUUUUGAAAAAACCCUUUUUAAUGAAUUACCAAAAAAUUUGCUAGAUUCUGAUACUGUUGUUUAUUAUGAAAAAAGAAAUGGUUCCGUCUGCAGAUUGAGAGGUGAGUCCUGGAUUCGUGCUUUAGUAGUGGCUAGUCGGGCCUAUUUUUCCAUGCGCUCAUAUGGUCGUCGACUAGAAUUGACUAGUAUUUUAUCUGAUACAGAAAGGUGGGAAGUCGAAGUUUGUUUUCGGAUCGUUCUGUUACCUUCACCAUCCAAAAGAGAAUCUCAUUUACCUUCAGACAAAUUAUUAGAAAGAUUAGAACAGCGAGCUCAGUGGCGUAAUUUUCGAGCUACUUUCUAUUUGUCUGAUUCCGGUAAAAUUAAUGCCAUAAAACUCACGCAGUUACUACCUCCGUUCAAGGAUUCAACUGCUUUAUAUCCUUUGAAUCAACUGACAAUUAAGAAAAUUCUUGCUCCCAGUCUAUCUGGUCGACGUCAUUUACCCACUCCUACUUCUCAUGGUUUUGGAGAAUUAUCAUUACAACGUAACGAUGACAUCAGUAAUUAUGGUAAUCAUAAUGAUGGCGUUAUAUUUUGGACACUGGGUAAUGUUAAGUAUUGGUUCCACGUAGUUGAUAAGAUUGUCAAACCAUUUGAUAUAGUUAUUACUUCCCUUCCCGACGAUCAAGCUCACUCUGAUCUUGUGGGGAAAGAACAAACUGCUUGCAUUUGUCUGUCAAACGAUCAUCCGACGACAUGUGAUCAUACUACAAAUUAUAUACCACCUGUUCAAACUCCUUGUCAAUCGUUUUCAUUGAACUCUAUUUUAUUAGAAUUCUAUAUGAAACAUUCUCCAUCAAUUAGGAAUAAUAGCCAGAUUACAACAGAUAAACAACGAAGUUUGAAAAUGUAUUCUACAUCCUAUGGUCCAUAUAUAUAUCCAGCUUUUUAUUCAUUAGACAAUUCAACUAAAUCAAAUCACAUUCCUAUGGUAGAACAAUUCAACUUAUCUAACUGUUUUGCUUCUUUCCCUUCAUCUAGUGAUAUGUCCUCUGUAUUUUACUUAUGCAAACUCUAUAUUUAA